UGUUUGAAGGGGCUGUGGAGGUGAGGCUGGCGGAUGGCGACAGGAGCUGUGCUGGCAGAGUGGAGGUGAAACAGCAGGGCCGGUGGGGAACCGUGUGUGGUGAUGUCUGGGACAUGGACGAUGCUGCGGUGGUUUGUAAGCAGCUGGACUGUGGAUCUGCUGUUGGAGCUCCUCAGUAUGGACACUUUGGUGAGGGAUCUGGCCCCAUUUGGAUGGAUGAUGUUGGCUGUAAUGGCACCGAAUCUGCCCUGUCUGACUGCGCACAUGCAGGAUGGGGUGAACAUGACUGUGAUCACCGUUACGAUGCUGGAGUGCUGUGUUCAG